CCAUCUUUUGUUCUCAACUCAGCUUUCCGGCGGAGAGUCCGACCUUGCCGGCGCACGGAGGGACGGCGGCGGCCGGUGUGUGGGCUCUUUAGCCGCUCCGCGCGGGCCGAAAUGGAGGCUGAGGAUUUAAGUGGCAGAGAAUUGACAAUUGAUUCCAUAAUGAACAAAGUGAGAGAUAUUAAAAAUAAAUUUAAAAACGAAGACCUUACUGAUGAGCUAAGCUUGAAUAAAGCCUCUGCUGAUACUACAGAUAACUCAGGAACUGUUAACCAAAUUAUGAUGAUGGCAAACAACCCAGAGGACUGGUUGAACUUGUUGCUCAAACUAGAGAAAAACAGUGUCCCUUUAAAUGAUGCCCUUUUAAAUAAAUUGAUUGGUCGUUACAAUCAAGCAAUUGAAGCACUUCCUCCAGAUAAAUAUGGCCAAAAUGAGAGUUUUGCUAGAAUUCAAGUGAGAUUUGCUGAAUUAAAAGCUAUUCAAGAGCCAGAUGACGCACGCGACUACUUUCAGAUGGCCAGAGCAAACUGCAAGAAAUUUGCUUUCGUGCAUAUAUCUUUUGCACAAUUUGAACUAUCACAAGGUAAUUUCAAAAAAAGUAAGCAACUUCUUCAUAAAGCUGUGGAAUGUGGAGCAGUACCCCUAGAAAUGCUGGAAAUUGCCAUUCGGAAUUUAAACCUUCAAAAAAAGCAGCUGCUUUCAGAGGAAGAAAAGAAGAGUUUAUCAGCAUCUACAGUAUCAAACGUGCAAGAACCGUUCCCCAGUACACUUGGACAUUUACCGAAUAGGAACAUCAGUUGUGAUUCCAGAGCACAGACUAAAGCCAGGUUUUUGUAUGGGGAGAACAUACCCCCUCAAGAUGCAGAGAUAGGCCAUCGAAAUCCUUUGAAACAAACAAACAAAGCUAAACGAUCAUGCCCGUUCGGAAGAGUCCCAGUUAACCUUCUAAGUAGCCCGGAUUACCAUGAGAAGACAGAUGCUUCAGUUGCACCACCUUUUACUAAAAGACAGAUCUCUGGAUCAGAAUGCCGAGAUACAGUCAUUUCUGGAUCUAAAUCAAGUGGAAAUGAUUCCAGUGACUUGAGACAUUUAACGUCUGUUAAAAAUAUUCGUUCCAAGGAACCUCAGAUGUCAGAUGAGAAGAGUUCUAAACUUAUUACUGAUUCAGUAACCCUGAAGAAUAAAAGUGAAUCAAGCCUUCUAACAAAAUUAGAAGAAACUAAAGAACAUCAAGAACCAAAGGUUCCAGAAAGUAACCAGAAACAAUGGCCAUCUAAGAGAAAGUCAGAAUGUGUAAACCAGAAUCCUGCUGCAUCUUCAAAUCAGUGGCAAAUUUCAGAGGUAAUCUCAAAAGUUGAUACAGAGCAGAAACAAACCAGUUUUGAGCAACCUGCCCUUUCGGUUUCAAAGCAGUCGCCACCGAUAUCAACACCUAAAUGGAUUGACCCAAAAUCUAUUUGUAAGACACCCAGCAACAGUGUCUUGGAUGAUUACAUGAGCUGUUUCAGGACUCCAGUUGUAAAGAACGACUUUCUACCUGCUUGUCAGUUGUCAACACCAUAUAGCCACCUUCCCUAUUACCAGCAGCAACAGCAGCAAGUACCCGUUACUCCACUUCAAAAUUUGCAGAUUUCAGCAUCCUCUUCAGCAAAUGAAUGCAUUUCAGUUAACGGAAAAAUGUAUUCCAUACUGAAGCAGCUAGGAAGUGGAGGUUCAAGUAAGGUAUUUCAGGUGUUGAAUGGAAAGAAACAGAUACAUGCUAUAAAGUAUGUGAACUUAGAAGAAGCAGAUAGCCAAACAAUUGAUAGUUACCGGAAUGAAAUUGCUUAUCUGAAUAAACUACAACAACACAGUGAUAAAAUCAUCCGACUUUAUGAUUAUGAAAUCACAGAUCAGUACAUCUACAUGGUAAUGGAAUGUGGAAAUAUUGAUCUUAAUACUUGGCUUAAAAAGAAAAAAUCCAUCAAUCCAUGGGAACGCAAGAGUUACUGGAAAAAUAUGUUGGAGGCAGUUCACACGAUUCAUCAACAUGGUAUUGUUCACAGUGAUCUGAAACCUGCUAACUUUCUGAUAGUUGAUGGAAUGCUAAAGCUAAUUGAUUUUGGAAUUGCAAACCAAAUGCAACCAGAUACAACAAGUAUUGUUAAAGACUCUCAGGUUGGUACAGUUAAUUAUAUGCCACCAGAAGCAAUCAAAGAUAUGUCUUCCUCAAGAGAAAAUGGGAAAUCCACAUCGAAGAUAAGCCCCAAAAGUGAUGUUUGGUCCUUAGGUUGCAUUUUGUACUAUAUGACUUACGGGAAAACACCGUUUCAGCAUAUCAUUAAUCAGAUUUCUAAAUUACAUGCCAUAAUUGACCCUAAUCAUGAAAUUGAAUUUCCUGAUAUUCCAGAGAAAGAUCUUCAAGAUGUGUUAAAGUGUUGCUUAAUAAGGGACCCUAAACAGAGGAUCUCCAUUCCUGAGCUCCUGGCACAUCCAUAUGUUCAGAUUCAAACUCAUCCAGGGAACCAGAUGGUUAAGGGAACCACUGAAGAAAUGAAAUAUGUUCUGGGCCAACUUGUUGGCCUGAAUUCUCCUAACUCCAUUUUGAAAACUGCUAAAACUUUAUAUGAGCACUAUAGUGGUGGUGAGAGUCAUGAUUCCUGUUCAUCAUCCAAGACUUUGGAAAAAAAAUGGGGGAAAAAAUGAUUUGCACCUACUCAUAAACUGUCAGGUAUCACCUGUAAAAUAUAUUGGACUGUUAUACUCUUGAUUCUGUGUGGAAAUCUACUCCUGAAGACAACUUCACUCUGAAAUGUCAUUGGCAGAAAAAUUCAGUGGAUUAUCCUCAAAAGAAAACUGUAAAAAACCACUAAUGACACUGUAUGUAUUAAAUUGUAGAAUUGUUUUCUCUUUUGUGCUUCCCUGUAAAUCUAAUCUAUUUGAUAUCAUUUUCACACUUGGAAUAGUGGGUGAAAAGUGGAAAUAUUUUCUGAAGAACUAUGUAAAUAGGCUUUGUAUAGUAUAAAAUGACACUAAAAUGUCAAAGUUGUAGAACUGUUUUCUUCAAGCAAAUAUAUUGUUGGUGAGGCAACAGAAUUCUUAAUAAAAAUGGAUUAAGGGGAAACAUGAGAGUAGACCUUAGUAAAUUAACUUUGGGGGAAAAAAAAUUCCAGAGUGUUCAAAUUCUAAAAUAGAUUUCCAGUUGUUUUAUGGCACUGAUAAUACUCCAGUAUUUUAGGGCUUCACUUGGCUCUCUUAAUUCUCCGUUUCAUUCUUCAUAGUAUCUAUUGUUUUGGGUGUUCAGAGUAUCAUGCUGGAUUCUAAGAUGUAGUCUGUAUAGGGCAUGACCUCAAUUGUACGACUUGCUUGGUAAUGAGUAAUUACAAAUGUGGUCCCAGAAUUUCUGAGUCUGAAUCGAACAGAUUACUUAAGGAUAUUACCAUGUAGUAUUCUUUUCCCCAAAUUUUUCUUUAGCUUUUAAAACAGUUUUAGAGUCUCAGCAAAAUUGAGGGGAAGGUGCAGAGAUUUCCCAUUUAACCCCUGCCCCACACAUGCACAGCCUCCCCCAUUACCAACAUCCCCACCAGAGUGAUACUUUUGUUACAUUUAAGGAACCUACAUUGAUGCACUGUAAUAAUCACCCGAAGUCUAUAGUAUACAUAUACCUAGUUCACUCUUGGUGGUGCAUGUUCUAGGGAUUUGGACAAAUGUAUAAUAGCAUGCAUCUAUCAUUAUACUAUUGUAAAAAUACUUUCAAUGCCUGAAAAUUCACUGUGCUCCACCUAUUCAUCCCUCCCCUACCCCCAACCCCUGGGAACCACUGAUCUUUUUACUGUUUCCAUAGUUUUGCCCUUUCUAGAAUGUCAUAUAGCUGGAAUUAUACAGUACGUAGCCUUUCAGAUUAGCUUCUUUCACUUAGCAAUGUGCACUUAGUAAC